AAAGGCCCACAAUACUACACAACAAGAAGGCACCGUACUCAGAAAGUAGUAGUCAUGCCUCCAAGUUUAAGAAACUCCCUCAAAAUUCUCCCCAUCUUCUUCCUUCUUUCAUUCUCCACCAUCUUAGCUGCCACAAUCAACAAAGAUGAUGAUCAAAAGAAAUUUUACAUUGUUUACUUGGGAAAUCACCCACCAGAUGAUGAAGCUUCUGCAAAUCGAUUGCAUAUUGACGUACUCUCCAAUUUGAAAGGCAGUAAAUCUGAUGCCAGAGAAUCAAUAGUUCACAGUUAUCAUAGAAGCUUCAAUGCGUUUGCUGCGAAACUAUCCAAUGAUGAAGCCCAAACACUGUCUGAAAGGGAUGAGGUGCUUUGGAUUUUUGAGAACAAAUAUCAUAAGCUGCACACAACAAGGUCAUGGGAUUUUAUUAGAUUUCCUCAAUCAGCUAAGAGAAGAUUGAAGAUUGAGAGCAAUAUCAUUGUUGGUCUUUUUGAUACAGGGAUUACUCCACAGUCUCAGAGCUUUAAGGAUGACGGGCUUGGUCCACCACCAGCAAAAUGGAAAGGAAAUUGUGCUCACUUUGCUAAUUUCUCAGGAUGCAACAACAAAAUCAUAGGAGCGCGCUACUUCAAGCUAGACAAAGUCCCAGACCCCUCCGACAUCCUCUCACCCAUCGACGUCGAAGGUCACGGCACCCACACUUCCUCAACUCUCGCCGGAACCCUAAUUUCCAACGCCAGUCUCGCCGGCCUCGCCGCCGGAACAGCACGCGGCGCUGUCCCUUCCGCCAGAAUCGCCACCUACAAAGUAUGCUGGGCAUCAUCUGGGUGCUCCGACAUGGACAUUCUCGCUGCCUUUGACCACGCCAUUUCUGACGGCGUUGACCUCAUUAGUAUAUCCAUUGGUGGGCCCUCACCUGGGUAUGUCUCUGACUCUAUUUCUAUUGGGUCGUUUCAUGCGUUGAGGAAAGGGAUACUCACUGUGGGGUCCGCUGGUAAUGAUGGGCCCACUCUUGGGACGGUAUCCAAUCAUGCACCGUGGAUGUUGAGUGUUGCUGCUAGUGGGAUUGAUCGUGGCUUUCGUAGUAGGGUUUCUCUUGGUAAUGGUAAUUCUGUUUCGGGAGUUGGGAUAGACUUGUUUGAUCCUGAGAGGAAAUCAUAUACUAUUGUAAGUGGUGGAGAUGUGGCUAAAAACUCAGAAAACAAGGAAAAUGCAAGAUAUUGUCUAGAUGGUUCCAUGAGCCCUUCGAAGGUCAAAGGGAAGCUGGUUCUGUGCAAACUAGAGAACUGGGGUGUUGAUUCUGUGGUGAAAGCUAAUGGCGGGAUUGGUGCUAUUGUUGCAAGCCCGAGGUUUCUGGAUGUUGCUAUGAUUUUCAUGGCGCCUGGAACCAUAGUUAACUAUACAGUUGGCGAAAAAAUUUAUGACUACAUCCGUAAAUCAAGUUCACCAACAGCAACAAUAUACAGAUCCCAGGAAGUAAAUGUUACAGCUCCAUUCAUUGGAUCAUUUUCAUCUAGAGGUCCGAAUCCAGGAUCAGUACGACUUCUCAAGCCGGAUAUUGCUGCUCCUGGAGUUGAUAUAUUGGCAUCUUAUACUCCCUUGAAGUCAUUGACUGGGUUAAAAGGUGACAACCAGCAUUCAAAAUUCACUCUCAUGUCUGGAACAUCCAUGUCUUGCCCCCAUGUCGCUGGGGUUGCUGCCUAUGUCAAGUCAUUUCAUCCAAAUUGGUCGCCUGCUGCUAUUAGGUCUGCCAUCAUGACUACUGCGAGGCCCAUGAGCUCAAGGGUCAAUAAAGAUGCUGAAUUUGCUUAUGGUGCUGGUCAAGUGAAUCCGCUCAAAGCAAAGAGUCCUGGCUUAGUGUAUGACAUGGAUGAAAUGCCUUAUAUUCAGUUUCUGUGCAAGGAGGGAUAUAGUGGGGCUUCAUUGUCUGUUCUUGUUGGCACAAAAUCCAUCAAUUGCUCUACUUUGCUUCCUGCGUUUGGCCAUGAUUCUCUGAACUAUCCUACAAUGCAGCUGAACUUAAAGAACAAGCAGAAGUCAACAAUGACAGUGUUCAGAAGAAGAGUUACCAACGUUGGUCAGGCACAAUCAGUCUACAAAGCCAUUAUUAGAUCCCCCAAAGGUGUGAAUAUCACUGUUAAACCUACGAGCCUUUCAUUUUCUCGUGCCCUAGAGAUGCGGAGUUUUAAGGUUGUGGUGAAGGCAAAUCCUAUAUCAGGUGCAAAAAUUCUAUCAGCUUCUCUCAUUUGGAAAAGCUCUCGUCAUGUUGUUAGGAGUCCAAUUGUCAUUUAUACUUCUGAUUCAUAGAAUUAAAUGUAUAGGAUGUAUGAGACAGCAAAGAGUGAGGUUACACACUUUUAGUCAGUUCAUAAUUUGUUAUUAACCUAUAGGUUGUAUGUUUAUACUUUAUAGGCUUGUAUAUAACAGAAAACUUAUAGUGGAAUAAAUUAUGUUUACUA